UCAACCUUUGGUAUCAUUCUUCGCCAUACAUCGCUGCAGCGGAGCGAUGCGGUGGCCUUUGGAGCCCGAGUCCACGAAGGCGGAGGACCAGCUGGUGUGAGCCACCGCUAGCAAGUGGUGGAAGCGCUUUCUGCAGCUCUAACGACGGUCGUGUGUUAUCUUUGCAGGUCUGGUUCGCACUCUACCUGGUGAUCUACCUGGCCUUCUACUUCUUCACCAGCCCGUUUGUAGGCAACCGUGAGUUGCUAAACUCAUGGACGCCCUACGUCUACUUCUCCAUGGUGCUCUACGCGUGGCUUUUCUCCGCCGCUGCACUUCACACUCCCGUGCAUGCGCUAGGCCUACUGGACUCCACCAUUAAGCAACCGAUAUCGCUGUUGUUUCCGUUCUUCUCGGCUAGUUUCGUCUUCUUGAUCGUACUCGAGGUGCUCAUGGCUCUCUUCCUCUCGCGUGUCACCAAGAAACUCGGCUUCUCGUGGACGGUGGCACACGUCUCCUUGGCCCGGUCUUUUAUGAAUGUGCUUCGCAAUAGUGCUGCGAUCAGCGUCGCUUGUGUGGCGCUUAUCGUGCACUGCGAUGCUACGUACGACUGCGCUGCGUCACCGGAUGAGCCGACCACAUAUAACAGCCAUGCAUGUGCUCAAAUUUUCUCUUUCGUCCAGUCUGAUGACGUCGAAACUCUAGUCCCUGCCAGUUAUGGUGGUGCGAUCUUGAUCUGGUGUAUGGGGAUGUUCCUUGCUAUCACCAACUUUUUCCUGGAGCGCUUUAGCGGAAUCCGCAUGAUUGCGUCCUUCGGAUGGUUCUCCAACCAAAUUGAAGAUGACGAGAUGGACGAGCUGUCGGAGGGGGAGAAUGGCAAUGAACUCUUGCCACCUGAGCAGAACCUACCCAUGGUGCCUUGGUAUUCCAUGCUGCUGUUCGAUACGGUAUUUGACCUCCUUAUCUCACUCAAGAUCUUUCUGGGCCGGUUCGAUAUGCGCACGAUGCAACGUGCACUGCAUCCGAAAGACGAGGACUACUGCUUUGACCAUCUUGCUGAAAAAGAUGAGGUGUGGCUCGACUUUAUGGCCGACUGCGGUGAUGGCUUUAAUAGCAGCUACCAGAUCGCACGCUUGCUCGCUCAACCACAGUUAGAAGUGGAUUGCCCAGUGCCAGACGACAAAUCUUACGGUGAAGACACACUUGAUCAAGAGCAAGCGAAGACAACCAAGACGAAGACUAUCAAGCGAGUGUUCCCUCGAGGUGACGCUCUUGUGAUAGGUGGAGAUCUCGCGUAUCCGCAUCCAGCCGACACUACGUACGAAACUCGACUGUUCCGAUGCUUCGAGUACGCCAUGAAGCCGCCACCGUCGUACCAUCCAUCAGCCAUUUCCACGCAGAAGAAAGCCCCUGAUGGCUGCUCGUCGCUGCGUGAAUACGAAGGCCCCAGCGUUUUUGCGAUCCCUGGUAACCACGAUUGGUUUGACGGUCUAAACACAUUCACACGAUACAUUUGCCAACGAGACUGGCUCGGGGGAUGGCUGCUUCCGCAGAAAACAAGCUACUUCAGUCUUAAACUCCCUCAUGGCUGGUGGCUGUUUGGCGUCGAUUUAGCUCUGGAGAAUGACGUGGAUACAGAACAGUUCGGCUUCUUUGAGCGAGUAGUGAAGACUCAGAUGGGACCAAACGAUGCAGUAAUUGUGCUCACACACGAACCGCGAUGGCUACUGGAUGUCUACGAAGACAAGUCAAACGUUGACGUCAAACUUUCGUAUUUGAUCGAGAAUGUGCUCAAGGGUCGAGUUGCUGUGCGACUUGCAGGGGAUAUUCACAACUACAUGCGGCAUUCGCUGGUAGAGGAGACGCACAUGCUCAAGCGUCCAUCGUCCAUGCAUUUUGAUACUCCACGGCAGAAAAUGUCGACGGCGAAUUUGCCUCGUAGGCACUCGUUUUCGUCUCCUGUUCACAAGCAUUUCCCGCACAUGAAACAACAUGAAGAUCUCUCAAAUGAAGAGCAAAAAUCCAGGAAUGCCGAGCUUCAGCCAGAUCCUCCUGCUGGGCAUGAACGUUCUGCUGAACACUUGAUUAUCUCGGGUGGUGGGGGUGCUUUCUUGCAUCCAACUCACAUACCCAGCUCGAACUUGGCGUCGAACGGUGGGACUUAUGAGCAAAAGCUGUGUUACCCACCGGCACAUAUCUCCAGGCGCUACGCGGUGCUGAAUGUGUUCGGCUUUCGUCGCCUUAACUGGCGCUUCGACGCUAUCGGCGGAGUUGGGUAUUUUGCGCUAGUGUUUUCCAUGUUUCCGCGCUGCUCGGUUACGUCCAUCUACGCCCAAGCAACGCGUUGGGACGCAGCAGCACAGUUUUACCAGGAGCUCGUGCACGUGCUGUAUGACAUGGUGACGACUUCGUAUGUGUCGCUUACGUGUUCCAUUGUUAUGCUCGUGGGGACGAUCGGUUUUGCGGACUGCACGACACUGCCCAAGAGAUGUGCUCUGGGUUUGGCUGUGGCGUUCUUCCACUACGUCGCUGCCUUCACUAUUCUGCUGGUUUACGAGUGUCUCCUUGAAGUGGCUUCAGUCCGUGGCGCUCUUGGUCGCGAGGGCGAGCACACGCUAUACCUGUUUUUCAGCAGCACACUUCCAGACUUUUCUGCAGUCCGGAAGUAUGAUAUCUUCGGUCUAUCCUCGCUAUAUGGAGACUUCAUGCGGCUUUGCAUGACCAUCUUUGACGGUAAGCAGUGCACUAGAUCAGUGUUAUAUAACAACUGACAAUGUAUCUGUUUGUUAUGUUGCAGUGCCGGAGGUGGUGGCGCUACACCGCAACAAGAUCUGUGGGUCUGGAUUCGAAAGCCUUGGACGCACGGAGCUGUGGACCUACUACGCCAGCGUGUUCCCGUACUUCUGGGUGUUGGCCACGCCUGUGGUUAGCUUCGUCUUCGGCACGUACCUGUACCUAUCGCUCAAUAUCUUGGGAUAUCACUACAACGAGGCCUUCUCCUCGCUGCGCAUCGCAAGCUACAAGAACUUCCUGCGACUGCACUUUGACAAGGAAGGUCGACUCGAAAUAUUCGCCUUUGGUGUGGACAAGAUGCCGCGGCGAUGGUGCAGGUGCGAGCAAGUGAUCUUUUUCGACGCAUGAGCUCUCCGACCACUGACUAAUUGUGUACUUUCUCGCAGAGACCCGAAAUGGAGCGGAGGCAACGGGCCGCGAGCUUCACUCGAGCGCAACUUGCCAUCGUUCAAAUGGACGCGCCCGAGCUACUGGAAGCCGCUGGUAACCAAGGUGGAUAACAUGUUGCGCCUAGACUUCGAGAAUCCGUCGCUGGACGCCAAAUUCAACACGUCCGACCGCUCCAACGUGCAUCUCAUCGAUCGCGUGCUGAUCCGCAAGCCAGCGUCCUAGGCACUUCAACUUGCCUUCGUACAUGGCUACAGGCCUCUAAAAAGCUACAAUCAUUCCAAUAUAAACCUCGAAUAAAUCAUACAAACAUCAAGAGGUGUUUUCUUCUCCAUA